AGAUUAUCCCUAGGGAUGAGUGAAGGGAGGCUCUCCCCUUUACCCAGACGCCCACCCCUCGCCUUUUUCUAAAAAAAUUCAAAUUUGAAAUUUCGCGUGCGCAAACAUGGCGGCAAAAGUUGGCAUAAGUAGCUCGCGAUAUAAAGAUGCCUUGGAGCAAACUUCGGCUUACAACAUGCGACUAGGCUUUGAGCGUAAACAAAGAAGCCCAUUUCUCGAUGCUCAAACCGGCGUAGCUCAAGUUAACUGUCAUCUAUGGAAAAGUAAGCUUUCCAGGCGGGCUCCGGCUUACCCAUAUCAAAUCUGUAGUUAUCCUGGUCGACGGUGGAAGAGGAAACCUCGUCCGCAACCAAUCGGAGAUGACGGCGAUCCUGCCGCCGAAGAGGCAUCUCAAGUGAUGACUUUGCCACCAAAUGACACUACCUUGAGUCAACCUGCAAUGCCUGGUGUAGAAGUUAAUAGUAAUUUUGAUGAAAUGGCUGAAACAGCGGACGUUGAGCCAAUUGAAGAGAGCGAGGAGGAGAGUGAGGAAGAGUCAGACCCAGAUGAUGAUGGGGGAUCAAGGAGGGCAGGAAGAUUUGGCCGAUCAUCUAAAAAGGGACUCUCAGCAGGCAUGCUUAAUUAUAAGAUGAUGAAGGUAGACCCAAGCACUCUCAAAAUAAAGAAUUACACCAAAGAAGAUUUGGCAAAGAUGACAUACGAAGAAAGACAAAAACCCUAUAUGUGUGAGAUUUGUGGAAAACGAUACAAAAAUGGUCCAGGCCUCAAAUAUCAUUACACACACUACAAUCAUGAUCAAGAUGGUUCUUCUAGUGAAACAACUGAGGUAAAUCAUCCUCAGGCGUUACCUGGCUCGCCUAUGAUUGAAACAAAUGUUCAGCCAUAUGUCACAACUACGACCGUGGCAGUAACUAAAGAAACUCGAUCAGGCAUUGCAAAUCCAAAUGACUACUGCGAUUUCUGCCUCGGGGAUGCGACCAGAAACAAGAAAACACUGUUGUCUGAAGAGUUGUUGUCUUGUGCUGACUGUGGACGGUGUGGACAUCCAAGUUGCUUACAAUUUACUGCAAAGCUCACGGCUAAAGUGAAGCAAUAUCGCUGGCAGUGUAUAGAAUGUAAAUCAUGUACUUUCUGUGGAACUUCGGAUAAUGACGAUCAACUGCUGUUUUGCGAUGAUUGUGACCGGGGCUACCAUAUGUAUUGUUUGAACCCCCCGAUGGACACGCCACCGGAAGGGAGUUGGGUUUGCAAAUUGUGUGAGGAAGACGAAAACAUGAUGGCGAGGAAUUCGUAAAUGUGGAUUGUACAAAUACCUCUUCAGUGGCAGUGCUCAUUCAAACAUUCAAUAUUCUCAGUAAUGAGAAUUGAUAACGAUAUUCGUAAUUAGUACAGCUGAUUUUUGAAGUAUCAGUUAAUUUUGUGUAUAGUUAUUGCGCUAUAAUAAAGCCUCACUUACAAGGAGACUUUUACAACGCGAUUUUAUCCAUGGAACCAGGUUACUCAGUACAUCCAGAAGUGAUUAGAUAGCUAAUAUAUCUACGAGUCGGUCCAAAUAGUCAUAUUUUGAAAUAUUAAGUAAAUUAUGUUAACCUUUGAUGCUCCAAAAAGACAACCCAAAUUUUUAAGAGUCAA